AUGCAACUAGAUAGCGAAGUAGCCGUUCAUCAUGAGCACAAUCCAAAUGCGCAAAUAGACAGUGGGGGAAAGGAGACGCCGAGUAUGCCGCAGUUGUCCCCACAUCUUUUCAGCUGCAGUGGCCAUGAGGGGAGCUGCCUGCUUUUUUUUCUCAUCCUACGCAAAGAAGGGCAGGCGGUGGAGGAGGUAUGGUCGUACCCGCAUACCCUCGAAUUCGUGGAAGCAAAGUACCCGAUGAUGACGCAGUUUGUCUUCUCCAGUUCAGGCACCUCGUACUCUGUGGAGGACCUCAGUCACACCUUCGUGCUCACAGAUGGUCACGGAGUGCGUGUAUAUGGGCAUUGUACUGUUUUUGUAAAUGGUGAAGCCGUCGUUAGUCUUUCACCUUACCCUUGGUGUCGCUUCUUUACACGCCUCGCAUUGCUUUUUCGUACCAAUGGGUACGAGAACGGUAAGAAGUUUGUUAAGGCACUUUACGGAUGCCCAACGCCACCGUCGGGAGGCAGUUUUCAAACCCCUUCUAGUAUCCUCGUCCUAUUUCAGAGACCGUAUGAUCGACUGUGUCCCUUUAUUGACACGUCUCCACUCGAUCUGCUUGAUAUAUUUUCGGAUACAAGCACUCUCUUCUCUGUGCUGGCGGAUCUGCUGCUUGAGAAGCAUAUUAUUGUGGUUGGUCCAAAUUUUGGUAUUGUCUCUCAUGUGGUAAUGGCACUGCAGACAUUGAUCUCACCAUUUGACUGGAUGCAUAUAUUAAUCCCAAUUUUGCCAACCAGCCUCCUUGAGGUGUUGGCGGCUCCCCCACCAUAUCUUGUUGGCAUACUUACCUCACAACUCCCGCUCGUGGCGAAGGUGCCAAUCGAGCAGUACGUCAUGAUUUAUCUAGGUUCAUCUGGAAUAUGCGAGGGAGUGCACUACCAUUGCGAGAAAAAGCAUACGCUACCCAAAUCAGGUGCAUUCAGUGCCCUUCGAAUUGGCUAUAGUACACUGAAAAUGCGAGAUUCACGUGGGCAUACAGUGUGUGACUUGUGUAGCCUUUUUCUAACAUAUUACGCGAGUUUAUUGGGUGAUCUUGGGAUCGGUGGCACAAUAAUCGGUACGUUUUCACAACAUAGUGAUAAAGACUUGUCAUUCUACGAGGAUUUGCGCAGCACCCAGUGUUUCACCACGCUCGUUGGAGCUGUUCGAGAAGCUUUGGCCGACGAGAAUAAUAUGUGGCUAGACAAUGAAUUUAUUGUUGCACUCGUCCGUGGGCACCCAUGUGUGUACCCGCAUCAGUACCAGCAACUGAUUCGCGAGGAAAACAAGGGUGGGGGAUAUGCCGUGAGGUAUGAGUACUGUUUUGGGGGGCGGGAAGAGUUCACGGCGCUUUCUGCUGCGGUUCACGGCUUCGGCGGCCAUCGGAUGGGCACUGGACGUUUGUUCUGUCACUGUCUCCGCAACAUGGCAUAUCGUCUGACGCACUGGACGGAGGAGAGCCGGGUAACAGUGACGCUGGAGGACUUCGGUUCGUCUAUUGGAAACGGGCAAUACCACUCUGCCCCACUCGGCACUCCUGGCGAAGAUGAAAUGCAUGAAAUACCAAAUGAAAAUGGGGCCGCGUAA